AAAAAUUCAAAAAAGUAAAAGCUACGGGCGCAAUGUCACACGAAUAUUUCGAUAAACACAAUCGCAAUCGACUAUAGUGUCGCGGGCAAACAACACACCUUUAUAAUGGUACCCAUCCGGACGUUUUUGACGUUAUCCAUUGCGAUUUUGGCCAUCGACGUGAGUUUCCAUAAUGUGCUAGUAGAAGCUGGACAAGCAACAAAAUAUCGGCAAAAGAAUUUGGCAACUCGUGCCGAAGCGCACAAAGAAACGUUAAGAUUAAGACAAGAAGGGUUUGAACAAAAAUUUGGUACGAUGACGGAACCGGUCAAAGAACAAUUGACCGAAAUUAAUUACAUUAUAAUCGAUCAUAUCUUGGAAAAUAGAUCAUUUCCAAAGUAUUUGAAAAAUGUGUUUGAGAUAUUACAAAAAUAUGCAGAGCGACAAAUUAAGACAAGAUUAGAAAAACUCAAAAAAGUUUAUAAAAAAUGGCAAAAACAAAAUUUCCCAGACAAGAAAAAAAAAUCUAAAGCUUUAAAAAUACUGCAGAAGCAAGAAAAAGAAAACAAAUUAUUACAGAAAAAGAAUAAAAAGAAUGAAAAAAAGUAAUCUUCAGCAAACAAUACUGAUAAGAACCCUAAAGAUAAGAAACCUACAGAUAAACAUUGAGGUCAACAUAAACCGUAAUAAAAUAGGUACUCAAAUAUUACCGGAAUAUUUAAACAUAUUUAUAACUGCUAAUACAUUUCUAUAUGAUUUAAGUAUUUUUAGAAUGAUUAUUAAAUUUUUGGUGUUAGACAAAAAUGAUUAAAAUCAUAUAUUAAUUGGUACAUUUGAGUUUUGUUUAUGCUUAUAAAAUAAUAAUAACAUAAUCUAAUAAAAUGUAUUCAAAUUAUUAAGUAUCUAUAUUUACUAAAAAUGAUAAACAAAUUGAUAAACUAUUGUGAAAACUCUUCAAUUUUUAUUAUUUCUUUAAUCGUUUAUGAUCGCUUAGAAUUUUUCACUUAUAUUAUUCAUUUAUUCAUUAUUUUUUUAUAUUAUAGGCACACAAUGAAUUAAAUCUUGUGUCAUUUUUGUCGUCAAAUUUUUUUUUUACACAGUUGUAACAACAACUGACUACUGAUUUUAAACGUAAAAUAUAUAUUAUACAUGGUUGUAUAACGUGUAUAAAUGUAUUAAAUCAAACAAAGAUUUCACAAAAAAAAGUGGACAAGUAGGUACGCUUUCCUGUAUAGUAGUUGUUGAGUAUGUCAUUAUUUUUUAUGUUAGAUUUGAAUUAAAUGAUAAAACAUUGCACAACGUAA